CUCCUGCUGCGGGCUGGAAGGCUUGGAGACCUGGGGAGCCCUUGGACAAGUGGAUUUUUUCCCACUCUAUCCCUCAUCCCCAACUGGUUGUGGGGUGUGUGUGUGUAUGUGUGUGUGCAUGCAUGUGUGUGUGAGUUUGUGUGUGCGUGCUUGCUUUUUGCUUGGAUUUCUCUACUUAUUUGUCAUUUUGGGCAGGGGGUGGCUGGGCUGGCCCGGGGUAGCUGGGAGGGGUUCAGCUGUUGGAGGUUUCAAAUAGAGCUUGUUUCAGGCUGGGCACAGCUGCUGCGAGACUGUCACAUUCCUUGUUGAAAUCUAGUCGCAAAAACCUAGGAGGUGCUGAUCGGAUUUCCCCCAUUCCCAGCCUCUCGCUCUAACAGGGGAUGGGCAGACUUGCCUGCUCAGGAAACGGGUGGGGCAGACCUAUCAGACGACCUGAAUAGCCACAACCAAGACUUCCAGGCAGAGGGUGCCCCCAGGGACCCGGCUGCUCAGAGGGGGUUGCCCCAGCUGAGGGCAGCUUCUGGAAGCCCCCUUCAUCUAAACAGCUCAAGGAUUUGAGCCCCUCAUUGAGCAGGAGCGAGCGGGGUUUUCCCCUGGAAUCGCAGCUCACUUAGUCAUUCCCUGUAAUGAGCCUCUGAGUCUGAGGGUCCUUCUGCUUGCUGCCUCUGCCGUCUCUCCCGCUGGGCGCUCCGGGAGAGGGGGCCACCAUCCUUGAUGGGCCUGGCAGCCGCCCUGGACACAGCCAUGGCUCCCUCCAGUCACCUCCUGGGGACAAGGAGCCCUCGCUGGGGGAAACUGAUAAGGGCCUGAGUGCUGGAGGGGGAGAGGGGAAGGGGCAAGACCAGCACCUCCUCUUUCAGUGACCCCUGUGGUCAGAGCUCCUAAGAGAGUGGCUCUUCCCAGAGACAGCUCCCAUUGUGGGAUCAUCUGUGCUCAUUUGUCUUAAUGCGAUGGGAGGGUUGCUGCUGGGCAGGAAAAGGCCAGAGCAGGUGCCACCCUGAUGGAGUAUCCAGGGACAGGAGCUUUCCCAGAGCUGGAGAGAGCAGACUCCGGUGUGAAGGAACGAUGAGGUGACCCAAGGGACUGGGCUUCACCCAUUCCUAAAUCCCUGAUCCUCUGGCUGAUGGCAGCAUGGGGGACACAGCAACUGGGAAGGUCCUGCCUUCCUCAGCUGGUGGGAUGGCCACUUCCUGUGCACGGUGGGUUGGUACUGGUUGUGAUAAGUGGGGCUCACUUUAACCUGCUCACCUGCUCACCAACCCUUCUGUCUCUCCAUCUAUGCGUUGAGUCAUUGUGGAACAAGUAUUUUCUGGGUGUCUCCUCUGUCAGGCCCAGUGGGCCCAGCAGCGGGUAGGGCAGCUAUCCCUCUUCUCUCCUGGAGGUGAAUAGGAUCGCUUUAAAGAAUCAGAGCGGAGCUUGAGUCCCAGCUCUGUCACUUCUGGUUGUGUGAUCUCGGACAAGCCAUGGAGCCUCUGCAGGUCUGUCUCCCCGGCUGUCAAGUGGGGAGAGUGAAUUAGAUAAGUGUAAGGCACUGCCUGCUGUGCCUGCUUGAUAAAUGGGCUCUGUUGUUACUGUUAUUAAUAAUGGAGAGGGAAAGCGAUGUCUUUUUCUUCUGUUGUCUAACUCUGGCUCCAGAAGUAGUUGAGGCCUUAACAGAUUGGGAACUGAGACUUUUGUCAAAGGAGCGGGGAGAAGCUGUAUCUUGGAGGGGAGAAGUUGUGAGCAGGGCUGGGUCUUCUGACUGGAAAACAUCUCUACAUGUGGGUCUGUUGCAGGGGAGGUGGCAUCUGUUCCCCAGCCUCGUGGGGAAAAUGGGCUCUGUGGUGACAGGAUGGUUUGGGUUAGAAUGAAGAAUCACCAGCAGGGAGAACUCAGAGAUGUUCAGUGGCCCCUGGGGUGGGAUGGGUGGCAGUUUCUUUUGCUGGAGAACUUUGUGCAUCUGAUUGGCUUUGCUGACCAGUCUGGAGUCAGGAGGAGGGACGGGGUGACCUCAGGCACCCCAGUCAGAUCGGGUGAUUCUGCAUUGAUGGUGGCAGUUCCCGCUCAAAGGCCCUUGGGAGAGGGACACACUUUUUUUCCCCCGAGUGAUCAAAGACUGCUAACCACAUGCUUGAGCUGCUGCUCUCUGAAGUCCUCUGCCUUUUCUCAUGGGGCCGUGGCCUUCCUGUUUGCCUCUCUUUGGCUGAUAUCUGUUACUGGGGGAGGCAUUCGCCACACAGGCCUGGCUCUCUUGAGAAGGAACAUGGCGUGCCCCUGAGCCUAUUCAAAGUUAAUGCAAAUGGGAGCCAGCGUGAGGAGGAUUCCAUGUUUUCGUUGGCCCUGAAAUGCCUUAUCAGUCUGUCCACCAUCAUCCUUUUGGGUCUGAUCAUCGCCUAUCACACGCGUGAAGUCCAGCUCUUCGUGAUCGACAAUGGUGCGGACGACUGGCGGAUAGCCAUGACCUACGAGCGCAUCCUCUACAUCAGCCUGGAGAUGCUGGUGUGCGCCAUCCACCCCAUUCCUGGCGAGUACAAGUUCUUCUGGACGGCCCGCCUGGCCUUCUCCUACACACCCUCGCGGGCGGAGGCGGAUGUGGACAUCAUCCUGUCCAUCCCCAUGUUCCUGCGCCUGUACCUGAUCGCGCGCGUCAUGCUGCUGCACAGCAAGCUCUUCACGGAUGCCUCGUCCCGCAGCAUCGGAGCCCUCAACAAGAUCAACUUCAACACCCGCUUCGUCAUGAAGACCCUCAUGACCAUCUGCCCCGGCACUGUGCUGCUCGUGUUCAGCAUCUCACUGUGGAUCAUCGCUGCCUGGACCGUCCGCGUCUGCGAAAGGUACCAUGACCAGCAGGACGUAACUAGUAACUUUCUGGGUGCCAUGUGGCUCAUCUCCAUCACAUUCCUCUCCAUUGGUUAUGGGGACAUGGUGCCCCACACGUACUGUGGGAAGGGCGUCUGUCUCCUCACUGGCAUCAUGGGUGCGGGCUGCACUGCCCUGGUGGUGGCCGUGGUGGCCCGAAAGCUGGAACUCACCAAAGCGGAGAAACACGUUCACAACUUCAUGAUGGACACUCAGCUCACCAAACGGAUCAAGAAUGCUGCAGCCAACGUCCUCCGGGAAACGUGGCUAAUCUAUAAACACACGAAGCUGCUAAAGAAGAUUGACCAUGCCAAAGUCAGGAAACACCAGAGGAAGUUCCUCCAGGCUAUCCACCAACUGAGGAGCGUCAAGAUGGAGCAGAGGAAGCUGAGCGACCAAGCCAAUACCCUGGUGGACCUUUCCAAGAUGCAGAACGUCAUGUAUGACUUAAUCACAGAACUCAACGAUCGGAGCGAAGACCUGGAGAAGCAAAUUGGCAGCCUGGAGGCUAAGCUGGAGCAUCUCACCGCCACCUUCAAUUCCCUGCCCCUGCUCAUCGCAGACACCCUGCGUCAACAGCAGCAGCAGCUCCUGUCGGCCAUCAUCGAGGCCCGGGGUGUCAGCGUGGCCGUGGGCACCACCCACACCCCACUCUCCGACAGCCCAAUCGGGGUCAGCUCCACCUCCUUCCCGACCCCGUACACAAGUUCAAGCAGUUGCUAAAUAAAACUCCCCACUCCAGAAGCAUUACCCAUAGGUCUUAAGAUGCAAAUCAACUCUCUCCUGGUCAUUUGCCAUCGAGGAACAAUCAGACCAGGGAACGUAAAGAAGAGAGACCGAGCUAAUUAACUAACUCAUGUUCAUUCAGCGUGCUUGGUUCGAUAUGCCUUGAAACCAGAAAUCUAAUCUCUGUCUAGGUGCCUCUACUUGGGAGCAGGAAGAGGAGAUGACAGGAAGCGACGCCUCUGGCAGGGCCCUUGCUGCAGAGUUGGUGGAGAACAGAAAUCCACGCUCAAUCUCAGGUCUUCACUUGGGGGGGUGGGGGGUCAGAUGCACUGAAGUGGCCAACAGUGAAGCCAGCCCAGAAGAGGGUCCCGCUGGGGGAGGGGGUCACGUCAGGCCUGGGGGAUGGUUUCCUCACUGCUGGGGUCCUGGAGCACACCUCUCUCCUUUCCUUUUGUCUAAGGAAGUUUCUGGAUGACAAAAGCAAAAGAGAGUUGCCCACAACUUGCCAAAAUAGACAUUCUUUCCUGCUAUAUAUUAUACAGUCCCAAAACUCAAUUUAGAUGGAAAAAAAAGACAGACAACUAAAAAACCAGAUUUUCCACCCAAUAUUAAUACCCACCUGCGUGUUUGCAAGCAUGUGCGCAUGUGUGCACACACACACACACACACACACGCACAUCCACGUCUCACAUUCAACCCAGGUCUUUUCUUGUUUUAACUUGACCUAAAUAGAAAGGGACCUGGUCCCUUCCCCUGCACACAGUAGGACCUCUCUAGAUGUGUAUUGAGUUGGGAUGAAUCCAGUGUGGGUGCUUUCGGGUCAGGUAGUUUGCUAGUGUCGGCCACAUUCUGAGCUUCACUGAAGAUGCAGGUUCCUUCGAACACAAUACAGGUUGCUUCACCCUGGUUGUGCACCAUGCUUGGUUUGAGAUGAAUGCCAAGCUAAAAUUGUUGGCAUUCUGGAGGGAUAAGCAAUCUUCUAGAAAUAACAGCUUCUGCAGAGUUUUCUUCUUAUAUUCAAACAUGCUGUGUUCCAUGGAGCACAAGACCAGGUGUAUGUAUGUGAGGUAAGGGGGACAGGAUCUGUGCCUGUGUGCACACACGCACAAACAGGUGCAACCCAGUGACACCUGAGUGAAUAGAAAUCUUGUCUGGGGUUUGCUCAGCUAUAUUUAUCCAGAAACAGAGUUCCAGCUCCAGAAGUUAAGCGUGCAAAGGGGUCAAGUGCCUCAGCUGAGUGCUGCUGAGCUGGGAGGAGAAGUGAUGGCAAGUGGCCCAUGUGGUCCCUUCUACCUGACCUGAAACCAUCUCAAAAUGAAAGAUUAUGAGAAUAAAGGGAGCCCUUAGGGCACCUUGCGGGUAAGGUAAGAUGAUGUGGAUUCCUCAGUUGCCUGUUCCUACUGUGCCAUGUUAAUCUUGGUGCAAAAACUAUUCUAAUAUCUCACAGAUGCCAGAGACUUCAGAAACAUCGAGGGCAGUGCAGUGGCAGACACUGUGAGGAGAGGGCAUGUGGAUGCGAACCUUCUUCAUUGCUCCAUAAUCUAACCACAUGUAACAUUUGUGAUGUGAAAGCCAUCAUGCUUCUCAUCACUUUUCUCAUUCUGAGGUUUUGACUUCUCCUGGCGGGGAGUUAAAUGAUGCUGUAUGGAAUAUUUCAUCUGUUCAGGGUAAAAACGCAAGGGUGUCAUUUCCAUGUGGUUGUCCUGUUGGGUUUUGUUUUGUGCAGAACAUCGUCGCCGUUCUGAAGGCAGGGUCUAGCUGCGCAGGUUUUUCUUCUGCAGCGCUGGGUCUGGCCUUCUAAGGACGAGGGAGUCAUUGGACAGCAAAAUGAAGACGACCCCAGAACUAAGGCCACUCUUUCAAGAAGAUUUAGUCUCUUGCUAAACUUCUUCUAUUUCUUUUUAUUGCGGUUGUUCCUUUAAUGGCCUCAUGUUUAUCCUGAUAACUCCUUGGAACGUUUUCAUUGAUUGUUUCGCAAACCAUAGAUGCCACACUUGCUGUUGGCUUUUUAUUUUUUUGCUUGUUCUUUUAACUAUUGAUGACCUGAGGGACCCCCUCCUUUUUUAUGUCCCAAGAACGGUGCUCCUGUUUUCAGUGACAGUUCAGCCAAACAUAUAAACAGAUGAAAUAACCAUACAGUUUCUUUUUGGCGUUAGUUCCGUUUCACAAAGUGAAGACCAUUGACAGGUUGACCUGAGUGUGCCAAUAUUGGUCGUUUAACCUACAGCCCUCGGCUAUUAAUUCCUAUUUGCCCUUUCCAUUCUGCUGUAACUCUGUGAUGUGUGUGUGUGUGCAUGUGCACACAUGUAGGGAUUUAAUCUUAAUUUCAAAUAAAUGACCCACAAGGUUCCACUGCCACUUCUCCUACCCGAAAGUGUGCACAGACUGCCAUGGGUCCUCAUAGUCUGUGGGUACUUCCUCUUUAGCCCGUCAUUAACGCUGUGCACUUAGGUAAGCCCUGAAGACCAAGCUAGCAACACUAGUGAAGGGAGCGGUGGAGUUAUUUCUAGUAGCAGUAGCCACUGGCAUCCUAGAAACACAUGAGCAUUUGCAGCAUGACUUGACCUAUUGGUAGUGCAAUAGCUAUGUAUGGUUUUUAUCCUUGGCAAAAAAGAAUACUUACUCUUCAGGAAAAAAAGAUUGAAUCUGCAUGUUGAUCCUACAAUGGUAAAUGAGAGGCUGCUUCUCUGUACUAGUAUUUCAGCUUUACGUGGGGAAGUUACCCAUUCUACUCCAAGUACAGUCAAUCCUUGAUGACUUAGAUAUUGAUUAUCCAGGGUGCAGCUCACCCAGGCUUUCUUCCUACAGCCCAUCUUUUGGCUAAUUCUACUGUUCCUCAACAUCGCAGUCCGAUGGGACAGGAGGCAGGUGGAUUCUCAUGCCGUGCCUUCUGUUCCUUAUUUUCAAGUUUGAUGGUGGAGGAGCUUUGAUUAUCUGCUCAAGAAUUGGCUAUAUGUAAAAACCAUUAAUUAUGGUAAACUCACUCCAACACCGAACUGAUUGAGUUCUGCCCACUCCUGGAAGGCUGACCCAGUGGCAGAGCCCUUACUAUAACCUUUCUGAUAAUUCACUGACAGGUCAAAGUACACUAAUAUUCCCUAAAAUAUCUAGACACUUGAAUUAAAACUACAAGCCACCCCCUCAUCGCUUAAGCCAUAUUAUAGCUUCAUGUACUGUAAAGUCAGGGAUGUACUGUGAUAAUUUAAGACCACUAAUCUCAGUGGAAUUUCAGGACAUAGCAUCAGUUGAUAAAUUAUACCAGAUUAGGGGCUCAUUCCUCCUUAGAUUGAAGUCCAAAUAAAAAUCUGCACCUUUGGAUCAAAGGCCACAUAUGUGUGAUCAUCAUCAAUAAAUUGUCGUAAAGUGUCCAUGAACUGCUCUUGCCAUCCUCAUAAUAUGUAACCUCAUGACAUCAUAUCUCUAUAAAUGCUUAAUACAAUCCAAAAGGACAAGAGGGGUGAGGCCCUGAGUCACCACUAACUUCUGAAGUCAGCAAGUACCAGUGGUAACAAUCUCGUAAAUGAGGAGGUAUAGAAAAUGUAUGUGUCAGUAAAUUCUAAACUGCUAAGCAAGUGCAAGCUAUUGUUAUUUAUCAAAGACCAAGGAAGAACAGUAUUGAAGAAAUGAUGAUUUUAGUAUAUUUGAGGAUUUCCCCCUUAGAUUUUCAGUAAUUUCCUUGUGAAUAAAUAAUUAUGGAAAAGAAGAAAACUAGAGAUACAGAAUCAGAAUAAAUAAAACUCUAAUACUGGAUCCACAGCUUUGGCCAAUGAAUCUAACCACCUCAUACCUCAACUUCUCUGUACUUAAAGUGAAGAUAAUAGUUAAUAUUCUAAAAACAAAGUAUUCAAUAGAUUAAAAAAUGGAAUCACUGUUGUCAUCAGUAGCAGCCCAGACCAACUCUACCUAGUCCACAUUUUGAUGUUGCAUCUGAAUGCAGUCAGUAGUACCAAAAAGUAAUUAUUACAUAUCAACUAGGUAGUGAAAUUAGCAGGGGGAAAUAUGGGAUUGGUACAUAGUUCCAGGACCUCUCUCUUCCUUCAGGAUGUACCUCAACAAACGGUGCACCCCAAAUUAAGAAUCAGUGUUUCAUCCCAGAACAAAUGGUGUUGCUACCGUCAUAGUACCACAACUGAGACACUAUAAAGUCAUUGCACUACCAGUAGGUUACUACUCUUUUUAAGUUACUGCUUUUAAAUCUUAAAAUAUGUCCCCACUUCUAUACAGUCAUUCUACUUCCCUGGAAGUUGCUUAGAAGCAGAUUGAGGAUCGAUAGUGGUCAUCUUGCUGUCCCUGUUGACUCUGUGUGGCGUUCAGUUUCAGUACCUUAGACAGCUACCUGGCGGUUUCCUGGUAGCCAUUCCUUCCUUGCCUCCCCCUGCAGUCAGCUGGUUUGAUGACGCCCUGGGCAGUAUCCCUUCCUUCUCUACUGCCACCAGAGGAAACAUUAUGGGAAUGGGAUCAUGGAUACCACUAAGAAGGAAUGGUCCAGGGUUAGCAAUAUUAACUGUCUGCCUCUGGUAGUGGAAUAUAGCAGAGUAUUCUUCACCCUGAAAGCUUGUGCCAGGCUGCAUAAAUAGAAACUAGCAUUAAACUCCUGUCAGACAAGUAAUAUGUAGAUGUUUUACUGAAAUAGACCGAAGCUUAUUAAAAAGUACUCAGCGCAAUGGUAUAUAAAUAUAUACAGAUAGAGAAAAAAAUAACUGUGAUCUCUUUUUCUUACACCAUUACUGGAAACACCCCAACAUGAACUGGAGUUCCCUCUGAACAAAACCAUUAUCAAAUCUUCAACGUAUGACCUCCAAACCUAGGUGCCAAGUGCCCUGUGACAGUUGUUUACACACCUGAGAAACGCAUUCUGGAAGCUGUAAUCUUGGGCCUGGACUAUGUGUUGAAACAAACAAAAGAGACGUUGUGACCAACCAAGCUGGUGAAGGAAAAGCACAAAAUUCAAUGCCAACCUUAGUUAGGAUCCCAAAGAGAUGCUGAAUUUAUAGCCAAGAAAAAAAAAUCAGUGACAAAUCAAGUACGAAUCUGAUUGGAACGGCCAACGUCCAGGUUCACCGAAGGAGGACAGGGAAUAAACAACAUUCUCUCGAAUCUCGUCCAGGACCGAUCCACCUUCAUCAGACACACUUUUUAAUGGCGCAACAACUCAGUUUUGGUCCCAGACUCUCUAUUCUGCACUGACCAGAAGAGAGCAACAAAAGAGAGUGACAGGAUGUUAAUGGAGGAAACAUUUUCAUGGCAAACUCAGAAACUGAAGUGUUUAUAUUCAGAAUCAGAUGGGCUUCGAUAUGAAUUUGCAUCUUGCCUCUGUACUGCUUGCUAUUUUUUAAUGAUAGGAGAAAGCAUAACAGUUUAUUUUAAAUAUGAAAUAUAUUGCUAUAUUAUAAAAUAUAUUGUAACUUUCAAUUAA